GGGCAGCCCAUCAAGGCACUCAAGGCCCUGGGGCCGCACCGGGACCGCGGCGACCGGGCGGCCCUGCACCUGGUGCAGGCGGCCUGCCACGCGGCGCUCAGCCUGAGCACCCUGACGCGGGACCUGGCGGCCGGCCGGCCGGCCGGCGCCCAGUACCGCUUCCACAAGGCCCUGAGCAUGCAGCACACGGCCGAAAUGCAGCGGCAGGCGGCGCGCGCGGCCGAGGGGGGCGCCCGGCCGGCCGCCCUGGCCGCCCUGCUGGCCUGGGCCGGCAUGCGGGUCCUGCGCGCGGCCGGCAUCGCGGCCGGGCCCGGCGGGUGCGCCCACGCGGCCGGCCUGGCGGCCCAGCUGGACCGCAGCGUGCUGGCCAUGCUGGAGGACGCGUGCGGCACGCCCGGGCCCGGGGCCCGGCCGGGGGAGGACCCCACCCGCGCGGCCGACGCCGUGGCCUGGCUGGCCUCGGCGCCGGGCUGGCUGCUGCCGGCCGGGCAGCAGGUGGAGCAUGCGGCCGGGCCCGGGCCGCGGCCGGCCCUGGCCCCGGCCACCCACGCCGCGCCGCUGGCCUUCGCCGGGCUCGGGGCGCCGCCCUGGCGCCCGGAGGGGGCCGCCUGCCCGGACCCGGGCCAGUGCCACGCCCGGCCGGGCCGGCCGUGCCCCGUGUGCCGGGCGGUGGAGGCCGAGCGCCUGGCCGGCCGGCCGGCCGACCGCCUGCGCCUGGCCGCCGACCCGGCCGACCCCAUCACCCGGGCCAUGACCCGGGCCCGGCCGCCGGCCGGACCGCUCGCCGACCCGCCCUUCGAGGCCCACGCGUAUGCCCUGCUCGGGUGGCUGGUCCGGGUGCACCCGGCCGGCGGCGACCGGCCCGCGCCCCACCGGCCGGCCGCCCGGCACCUGGACCCGGACGCCGCCGCCUGGCGCGGCUUCCUCCGCGUCCGCGAGCUGUGCUUCCACAUCAUGGGCGACGCCCGGCGCAUGCAGGACCGCGCUCGCCAGGCGGCCAUCCGCCUCGGCAUGGAGACCCCCUGGCGGCACAGCCUCUUCGACCUGGACCCGGGGGAGGCCGACGACGCGGGGCCCGGGGCGCCGGCCGGGGACCACCCGGCCGGCGCCCCGGGCCCCGCCGGGCACCACCCGCCCCGGCCCCGGCCCCUGCCCGGCCCGCAGGACGACCGCGGCGAGUCGACCCCCGGCGAGCGGGUCUUCCACCGGGCCCCGGGCCCCCGGCCGACCAUCGGCCCGCGGGCGCGCUCGCUGCCGGUGUUCGCCGGGCGCGGCGGCCCGGCCCCGGCCCCGGCCCCGGCCCCGGCCGGCCGGCAGCCCGGCCCCGCGCACGCCCCCUCGAGCCCGGUCCUGCGGCCGGCCUUCCCCCGGCCGGCCGACCCCGCCUCCGCCAGCCACCUGUCGCUGGAUGAGCUGCUGCGGCCGGGCAGCGCCGGGUCGGCCGGGCCGGCCACCGGCCGCACCAGCCCGGCCCCGGCCGCGGCCCGGACCCUGGCGCUGGCGCUGGCCCCGGAGCGCCGGACCCCGGGCCCGAGCCCGGACCUGCGCUCGGCCUCGGCGGACCUGCUGGCCGCCGCCGGGGGGUCCGGCGCGCUGGGCCUGUCGCGGCCGGCCUCGCCGCCGGACUCGCCGGUCAGCCCGGUGGCCGGCCCGGCCCCGGCCCCGGCCCCGGCCCCGGCCCCGGCCCCGGCCGACCCCGGCAGCCCGCCCGGGCCCUGGAGCGACCGCCGGGCCAGCCACGUCCGGCGGAUCUUCUCCAACCCCGCCUUCGAGCGCACCGUCGCCCAGCUGUACGACGACUGGCGCGCCCUGCGGGCCGCCUUCCUGCCGGACCUGGCCCCGGGGGCCGGCCAUGCGGCCGACCUCCUGGCCGAUGUGCUGGCCGACCCGCGCGGCCCGCGCCCGGCCCCGGCCGACAUGUCCUCCUCCUCGGACACGGAGGACGCCCCGGGGCCCGGGGCCCGGGGCCCGGCCGCCGGCCAGCCCAGCGAGCCGGCCCCCGCCCCCGCCCCCGCCCCCGCCCCCGGGCCCGAGCACGAGCACGAACACCCGCACGAGCCGCCCCCGGCCGAGGUGCUGCCCGUGCCGGGGGCCGCCUACCGCCUGGCCGCCACCCUGGGCGCGGCGCACCUGCAGCACACCCUGCACCGGGCGCGCCUGCUGCCGCUGCCGGUCGGGCACCCGGGCGCCGGCCCAGCCGGGCCGAUGUGCGGCCUGUGCGCCUGGGCGGCGGCCGGGGCGGCGGCCGACCCGCCGGACCGCCCCGGCCCCCCGCCCAGCCCCUUCGACCGGGCCGUGUACCGGGCCGCGUGCGCGCGGCUGGCCGACCUCGGGGCCGACUGCGGCCCGGCCUGCGACGCCGGCGCCCUGGCGGCCCUGGUCGACCGGCUCGGGGCCCGGGAGGAGCUGCGCCUGGCCCUGGCCGGCCGGUGCCUGGCCCCGGCGGCCGUCCUGCCCGCCGCCCGGGUCCAAGCCAUGCUGCUGAUAGACUUCCUCCGGGGGGCGCUGGUGGCCGGCCAGCCCCCGGGACACGGGCCCGGCCAGCCCGGCCGCCCCCCGGACGACAUGCCGCUGGCCCGGGCGUGGCGCGCAUCCGCCGCGGCCAAUCCCCUGGCCGCCCCGCCGGAGACAUGCGCCCUGUCGCUGCUGCUGGGGGUGUGGCAGCUCCGGAGCCUGGCCCCCGGGCCGGCCGGCCCGGCCGCCCUCCCGCCGCCGCCGCCGCCGGCCAGCCCGGCCGCCCCCCCGCGCGACCGGUCCUUCUUCUUCGGCCGCUGGCGCUCGGAGCGCGACCUGGGCAGCCGGCCGCCGGCCGGCCCCGGGCCGCCGCCCCCGGCCCCGGCCGGCCCGGCCCUCGACCCGGCCCCCGACCCGGCCCUGCAGCCCAUCGACCGCCAGGCCCUGCACGAGAUCCUGGACCUGUCGCUGCUGCUGGGGCUCGGCCCGGACCGGGCCCUGGGCCUGCUGGCCGGCGGCAGCAGCAGCACCCCGGGCACCCCGCCCAAUGGCGGCGUCCACCCCCGGCGCAGCCGGUCGGCCGAUCUGCUGCCGGACGACCAGGACCCGGAGCCCGGCCGGGCGCCGGCCAGCGCGGCCUCCCCCCCGGCUGCCGGGGCCCUUUCGCCCGCCGACCCGGACGCCGGCCAGCGCCUGCGCCACCUCCGGCACACGCUGCGCAGCCUGCCGCUGGCCGAGCGGGCCCACUGGAUCGUGGAACUCGGCUGCCAUGCCCUGCUCCGGGGCCAGCCCCUGCCCGGGGAGAUCCUCCGCCGGGCGUGGCUCGACAGCCGCCGCUGCGCCCCGGCCGCCGGGCCGACGAAGGCCCACCCCCACCGCGGCCUCGCGCCGGCGGCCCCGGCCGCCGCCGCGGUCGACCUGCAGCUGGUCGACGAGGAGAUGCAGGAGGUGCUGGCAUGGUGUCUGGGCGAGUAG